AAAACUACAAAUCCCACAAAUCUCUUGGCACAGCGCAUGCGUUGUUGUACCAUAACGACAUGACGAGCGGUUGUUUUCAGUAGCAACCGUAAUUCCGAACUGACUAAAGUUGGCGUAAUAGAUUGAAAUAUGUCCUCUGUACUGGAUGAGACAGCAGCAGAUAUACCGGUCAAAGACAUCACAGUCACCCUGUCCAGACUUACAGCUGCUGCACAAGACUCGUCGGUGUACCAGCAUGCUCGGGCGCGACAGGACAUCUCCCGGGUGUCCAGGGAAGAGCUGGAGGAUCGAUUCCUGCGUGUCAACGAAGAGACGCUGCUCCUCAAACAGCACAUUAACAAACAGGACGACAAGAUUAAGAAACUGGGCACCAAGCUGAUGAGGCUGGUGAAGGACCGAGGCCGGAUGGAGCAGCUGGCAGCCGGAGGAGCUCAGCCGCUGUCCAGGGUUCGAGACGUGGAGAUGGAGGAGAUGAUAGAGGAGCUGCAGGAUAAAGUUCGGCGGCUACAAACCGAGAACGAAGGACUGAAGCAGCGCCUCCUACUGGCCAAGCAGCAGCUGAUCAACUCUCAGAGCCACAGGCCGACGCCGUACGGACACGUCCAGCCACGAGUCAACUCUGGACUGAAGAGGUUAGGAGACGGCGCCUCGUCUCCUUCUCAGGCUCGACCGAAAAGUACGAGGAGUUUGGAGGGAGGCGGCAGACCUCCGAUCGGUCAGCUGCCUCGGUAUGGACACAGUCUGCUGGAGGAGGCGAGGGCUGAAAUACGAAACCUAGAAAACGUGAUCGAGUCCCAGCGGAGCCACAUGGAGGAGCAGGAAGGAAUCUCAGAGCUGCUGAGGGAGGAACUGAGGAAGAAGGAGGCCGAGUACGAAGAGAAACUCCUGCAGGUUCGACAGCAGCAAACCUCCAAACUCAGGUCUCACGUCAGCAGCAACGUGACGAUGAUCAAACUGCAGAAGCAGCUGGAAGACAGAUCCAACGCCGUGGCUGAGCUGGAGGGUCGAUUCCUCCAACUGCAGGAGAGUCAGCAGACACUGAAGGCCAGUCAUGAAGCGGCGAUGGCGAAGGUGGACGAGCUGUCGGCUCAGCUGAAAGACGAGCGCCUCAAGAGUGUGGAUCUGGAGAAGCAGCUGCAGAGCUCGAGCAUUUCCAGGCUGAGGGUGGAGCAGCUGCAGGAGAGAAUCGGCGAGCUGGAGCAGGAGAGAGACCUGCUGAAGGACAACUAUGACAAACUGGUCAGCAGCGCCUUCGAUGUAUCUCAGCAGCAAAAAUGGCAGAUUCAGGAGCAGCAGCUGAAGUUACAGAUCUCUCAGCUGGAGACGGCGCUGAAGGCCGACCUUGUCGACAAAAACGAAAUCCUGGAUAAAAUCAAGGCUGAGAGAGAUACAAAUGAGAAGCUGAUGGAAGAAAAUAAGAAACUUCAGAUCCAGUUUCUGGAACAGAAGCAGCAGCUGGAGGAGCUGAACGGACGGAUGAAGUUCUACGACAGAGAGGGAGAUUACGACGUGGCUGAACUCACUGAGGCUCUGCUGCUGAUUAAAACCCGUAAAUCCCAGAAGAAUGGAGAUCUGGGCUUUCUGAAGGAGGUGGAGGAGGAGGCGAACGGCACCGAGAGCUCCGUCAGAGAGCUGAGAGCCGCUCAUGCUGAAACCAUCCAGGAGCUGGAGAAGACCAGAAGCCUGCUGAACGUGGAGAACAGGAUCAGCAAAGACUACAAGGCGGAGCUGGACGCGGCGCUACGGAAGAAGGAAAGUGAUAAAGUCGAGUACGAACAGAAGCUGGAACGUCAGGCUCAGCUGCUGGACACCAGGGCGGCAAAGAUCAGGAAGCUGGAAGCUCAGCUCAGAGAAAUCGCCUACGGCACCAAAACCUACGUCUUUAAACCGGACGUCACUGAUGAAGACGAAGCAGGCGAGUUCAACGAGACUCUGCAUCUAGAACGAGGAGAAAACCUGCUGGAGCUUCAGAUCGUCAGCGCCGCUCUGUCUCCGUCCGCCCUACAGGUUCUGGAAGAUGCCGAACCCACCACCUUCUGCACGUAUUCCUUCUACCUGUUCGACCUUCACUCCACUCCGGUGGUGACGGGACGCCAGCCCAGAUACGGCUUCACCUCCAGGUACGUGGUGAACAUGGACGACAGCUUCCUGGACUACCUGCACAGGUACUCGGUCACGGUGGAGCUGCAUCAGGCGCUCGGUCUGGACUGGAGGACGCUGGCGAGCGGACAGCUGAGGCUGCAGCAGCUGCUGGAGCAGGACGGGAAGAUCCACGGCAGCAUACCGCUGGUCGGAACAAGUGAGGGGUGUCGGUCCUUUGGUUCAGUGGAUUAUUGGCUGAGGCUGAGGAUCCCCAUGACAGAAACCAUCCAGCUGUUUAAGGAGAAGCUGAAGGCUGUAGGAUACAUCAGUCAACCUGCACAGCUGCAGCCGUCCAGCAGCAGCAACAACGAACUCUUCAUCACCGUCCAGCGCUGCUCAGACCUCCAGUCCAGAGGCUCUCAGCUGCCAAGUCCCUACAUCGUCUACAAGUUCUUCGACUUCCCUGACUACCCGACCUCCACCGUCCAUGACCGCUGUGAUCCGACCUUCAACGACAUGAAGUCCUACGCAGUCCUGAUGGACGUGGAUCUGGACCGGUACCUGCAGUCUGACCUCCUGCAGUUCUACGUGUUUGACUACAAGGAGGAGCAGAUGGAUACCUACCUAGGGAAGGCCAGAGUUCCUCUACUGGGACUGGUCCACAACCAGAGCGUCACUGGUGUGUUUGAACUGGUCGAUGCCACUGGUCUGCCUGCCGGCCACAUAGAAAUCACACUGAAGUGGAAAUCCACUUACCUCUGUCCACCAGAAUCUAUCAUGGCUACUGAAGAACCCAGAUUUAUUCCAGAGGAGAUAACUGUAGAGGAAACAUCAGGUCGAGAGCAGAAGAAAGAGACAGUGGAGGAACAGAAGAACCAGUCACAUCCGAAAGAUGUCAAGGAGAAAGACAAAGACCUCGAUCAAUCCACUUCUCAACCUCAAGCAGCUGCUGUUAAGGCUCCGCUUCCCAAACUCAGAAUGAAGACACUAGUAAAGGAAACACCGGCUGCCAAAAGAGUCACAUUUGUAGAAACGGCAUCUUCAGACAAACAGCUGGAAGAACGAAGCUCAGCAGCUUUUAUUAAGUCUGCAGAGAAGAGAGAAACAUCACCACCUGCUGUCAAGGUUUUGUCUAAAGCUCCUCAAAGCGCCACAGAGAAAGACGAUGAUGAUGAAGAGGAAGAAUCCCACGUCUCUGAGGGACAGCUGGUCCCAGCGAGCGCUCAGUCCGACUCUGACGACUCAGAGAUCUCUGAGGAAAUAGCUGAAGAUGUUGAGGAGGCUCCAGCAGCUGCAGAGGAUCAGAGCGAAUCGACUCAGUCCGACAGCGAUGACUGCAUCGUUCACGGUCAGGCCACAGGGAGGAAGCCGUCGGAGCGUCUGCGGGUGGAGAUCGUCUCUCUGAGCCUGAAGCCGGACUCUCGGGUGUCUCAGGACGUCAGCGUGGUUCGUCUGUUUGUCGAAUACUCCAUCCUGGACCAGCCCACUGAGGAGACCCCCCUCUCUCUGCCCAAACCUCCACCGGGACGGAGCAUCAACUACAACUACAGCAAAGUGAUUCCUGUCGACGCUGAAACCAACGAGGCGAGGCGGCGUCUGCUGAGGGGAGUCCUACAGGGUCGAAACCCUCAGAUGGAGAGGAUCCGGUUCACGGUGGUCAGCGAUCCUCCAGAGGAGGAGCAGGAGAAGGAGUGUGAAGACGUCGGCGUCGCCUUUCUGAGGAUCCCUGAGAUCCUGGAGAAACAACGAGACCCGAUGGAGGCCAGUCUGGACGUGUUGGACAUUGAGGACAGCCGUCAGCUGAUCGGAUGUCUGACCGUCUCUGUUGAAGGACUGGAGGCUCUGAGAUCCAUCAUGGAGGCCGACGACAGUGACUGAAGCUCCGCCUCCUCACCGUUUACAUCACUGCGAGGCAACAACAGUCAGAUCUCACCUCACAGUCAGGCAGCUGAGGCUUUAACACUUUUUAUCAAACACCGGUUCAGACUUUACAGUGUUUGUAUUUUGUAGAUAUUUAGAAAACAGUUGGAACAUUUUACACUCAAAGACUUUUAUUGUUUGCUAAAAUAAACACAGAUAAAACUGUUCAGACUGAAAUAUCUCAACACCUGCUGGAUGGGUUGUCAAAAAUCAGGUUUUUAAAUUUAGUUUCCACCAAAACAAGACUGGAAGAAGUUUGAUUAAAAGAAGGUGCUAAACCCCAAAACCUCCUGUCAGUUUUAAAAGUGUAUUUAUUGGAGAGUAUCACCAAAAUGACGCCAUCUACCCGUCAGAAACUGUAGGAAUAGAAAUAAUCUCCAACUUUCUGAUUGUCCUUGAACUGAUCGUCACAUGGGACGCACAAUUCCUCGAGAAAAAUUAACCAAAUCUCAGUUUGAAAUUAUAAGAUUUCAUCAAAAUCACUUUAUUCUACAUGGUUUAUUCAAAAAUUCUCCAAAAAAAAAGAUUUAGCACCAGAUCCCCUAAAAACACAAAAAUUCUGAGCUCUUCGGAGCAACAAGAUGAGCAUAACUGUGACGAACAGACAAAAAUCAAAGCUGCUGGAUCAAUAAAUAAAUGCAGCAUGGCUCAGAAACGGUGAACAGAGGAGCAAGUUGAUGGAGAUACAUUCAGCAUGGAGAAACAUCUUUCUACUGAUGAUGAGCAGAGUAGAGAGCAAAAGUCUGGAGAGGCUAAUUCAUAUUCAGAAUGACUCAAAUUUGGUCCAAAAUUACAUAAAGUUGUGCAAAAAUGACCUGAAAAGUGUCUGAAAUGACACAAACUCGCAUGAAAUGACCCAAAAAUGGUCUAAAAUGGCAAAAAAAACAAAACAACCCAGUGUAGAAUUCUUGGAAACAAUAUUAAAAAAAAUGCCUCAAAACUUGUCCAAAAGAUCACAAGAGAAAAAUGAAAGCUACUGGAUGAAUAAAUAAAUGCAGCAUGGCUCAGAAACAGUGAACAGAGGAGCAGGUUGAUGGAGAUACAUUCAGCAUGGAGAAACAUCUUUCUACUGAUGAUGAGCAGAGACUCAAAACUGGACUAAAACUUGUCCAAAAUUACAAAAAAAAACUCCACAAUGAUCAGAAGUUGUAGUUUUGAACAAUUUUAAGUCAUUUUGAAGUGGUUGGAAGUAAUUUUGGGCAUUUUUCAACUUAUUUUGGGCAAUUCUUGAGACAAUUUAGACCUUUUUUGGUAAAAUUCUGUUACUUUCACUCAACAGUGAACAGAGGAGGAAGUUGUGGGAAGAUACAUUCAGCAUGGAGAAACAUCUUUCUAAAGAUGAUGAGCAGAGUUUGUAGAGGUUGUAAAAUGUAAAUAGUUAAAUGUCAAGUAUAUGGAGCCACCACAGCUGUAGGAACAUAAAUAAGUUUUUGUGUUUUUAUUUUUUUAAAUGAUUUGUGGUGUUUUGACGGCAUCAUUCUGCACAGACAACACUUCUGAAUCCUCUCUACUUCUAGUCCUGAGUGUUCUGUUUCCAUAGAGGUGCAGGACUUUAGAUUGUAGUGAAAAAUGAAUCGACAGUGAGGAACAAUGUGACAGAAACUGCUUGGAGUUCAGAGGGUUAAACUUGAACCAUCACUAGGUCACCUGCAGAACAAAAUACUUUGACCAGAAUCAGCUGCAUUUACUGAUAAUUAUCUGACGUUAGCAUGAUGGACGAUGAUAAACAAGACACCUGCUAACGUUAGCGUGUUAGCAUUUAGCUUACAGCGCUGUUGAUUCUGCAGGAGAUUCUUUCAGAAAUCAAGGUUUCUUAUUACAUGUUUCAGCAGCAUUUCACUGGAUUUUGUUUAGAUUUAUUUAAACAAAAAAAUAGCCUCAAUGUGAAACCAUUCUGACUAAGAAAACUUUACAUUCUCACCUAAUUUCACCCGUUUAUAUCGUCUUUUAAUCAAAUCAGUUAUCUGCUGGAGGCUGAGACAAGACGGUAAAGGUGUCGUCUGUCUGUGGAUAAACUUAUUUAAGGGGCUAAUCUGUGAUCAAAUACAUCUGCUGAGGUCUGUAUUGAAUGUAAAUUAAGUUAUUUAUUUUGUAGAGCUUUGUAUGAAGACUUGGAGUGGCAGGUUUGUAGUUAAACUGUACAGCAGUGAUCUGUGUUUAAGGUGAUUUAAAGUGUUUAACGUGUUUCAGGUUUUAGUUUCACCUGCAGGUGAUGAAUUAAUCGUCUGACAGGUGAGAAACUCUGAACCAGGUGAGUCGACUCUAGAGGCAGUCAGAUGUUUUAAAUGACACAAACAGAAAUGUGCCUUAAAUUUGAUAUUUCCUGUAUGAUGUUUUGUAUUGUGCUCUAAUAAAGAGUUGUUUUUA